UUACCGUUUUUAGGUCUCUAGUUGAGGAAAACCAUGGCUGAUAGCAAAAUAUGUUUGUGUAAAAUUAACAAAAAUAAUGGCAUUUCUGUCUGGAUUAGACAAGCUUUAGUGCUACAUUGUUAAUUCCAGUAGACAAGGAGCAUCAGCACCAGGUCUUCAGCCAGCUCAUUUGCAUCCCAGCUCAGUUUCUAUACUCCUCCAGGAUGCUUUGGAUCCAGUCUCUUCUUAACAGUGUGUGUCAAAGUUCAGCAGCAGACAUAAACCCCACUGAUUUUCAGCUUGCUGAAAAUCCAAAGGACUAGUCUAAACUCAUUAGCUGUAUCUGUGGUGCAUUCCUAUGGCUUCAAGACCAUCUGAAAUGCCAGCCCUGGAGUCGGGAGGUUCGGAGGGGAUGCUUGGGUCUCUGCCAGUAGGGAUGAAUCGGCAUGCGUUCAGCUACGAUGACGCCCUUGAUGACCUGGGCCCCAUGACUCCACCCCCUUCAGACAUCAGUGCCAACAUGUUGUGGAAGAAGCCUGUCAUCCCAGAGAGGAAGUACCAGCAUCUCUCUGAGGUAGAAGAAAACGGGCAAGUCCUACCCCCUUUCCAUGCCAGUGAUACUGCGAGCAAGCCAGUGGUUAAGGCGAAGGCUACAUCCGUCAUCAUGAACUCACUUAUCACAAAGCAGACCCAGGAGAGCAUCCAGCGCUUUGAACGGCAAGCAGGCCUGACAGACACGGGCUACACCCCCCACAAGGGGCUGACUGCAGAGGAGACUCAUUACCAUCGCGUGGCAGAGGCAGUGCAUAAGCUGAAGAUGCAGAGUGGGGAGUCCAAAGAGGAGAAACAGACAUCAUCUACACAGUCCACACCUAGUGGGACACCUCAGACAUCCCCCAAACACAAACGCAGGGGCUGGUUCAGUCAGGGUUCAACAGCCUCCCUCACUGGUUCUGAAAUUGCCAGUACUAAUUCCAGCAUCGAUAUGGGUCCUGUGGAGGGAGGAACAACUGAGAAGUGGAGUCUCUUUGGUCCUCGAUCUGUCCAGAAAUCCACCACUGACCCAGCAGGAUUUGCUUUGCAGUCUUACCGUGGUGCUCAGAAGCCUACCCCAAUGGAGUUGAUGCGAGCACAGGCCACCCGUUUAGCCGAGGAUCCUGCAAACUUGAAACCCCCAAGGAUGGAUGUACCAGGCAUGGACGUGAAGAGGCAGGCGCCCCGAUCACACAACCUCAAACCCCGUGACAUGAAUGUGCUUACCCCUUCUGGCUUCUAGUGACCCGAUAGAUUAAACAUGUAACAGUCUUUGGAACCCUCGCCUCCCGGCCUGAGGGAUUUUCUUGGCUCCUGUUCACUUCUUUAAAGGGACCUGCUGAAAGGGAUCUCUCGGAUCACCCAUUUAGAUGCGCGUUAGGUUUUGCAAGGAUUUUUUGUUUACAUGUCUACUUGAUAUCAUCACUUAACGUUAAUCCAAGUAAAAUACUGGCGUGUGUGUGCGUAGAUAUAUAUAUAUAUAUAUAUAUAUACACACACACCACAUUCAUUGUCAAGUUUGUUAGUGUGACUCCUUGAUUAUCAGUACGUAGGUGUCCAAAACAGCUCCUUUCUGUAUACAUGGAAGAUUUUCUUUCAAGGAUCAGUAUUAGCUUACACAGCUAGUUUACUAAGAUAUUUUGAGAUUGGGUAUAUUAUGCCUUUCCCUGUUUUUUUCAUAAGAUCUUAAGUGCAGAGCAGAGAAAGUUCGUGACAUCUCUGACUGAGCUCUAAGUAAAAACUUGUGGUUAGCUGAAAGUGUUAAUGUCUUCUGAGCAGAGCAGGUGUGUUCAAGCUUGUCACUUGUAAUAGAUACAUUGAGUAGAGUUUUGUUUGUUACAUGUAUAUAAACAUGUUUCUGUAUAGUA